GAAGCGGAGUGGCCCGAGUUCACUGACAACGUGGCGACAGGCGACGCUUGCCGCGUUUGUCGGGAGGUUUGCGUGAGUUGCUGGCCGGAAAUGACUUUCGCGGCCUUUGCCAAUAAGUACCACGACAAGGGCGAUCCAGACAACAAAGACUUCAGAGCUGUUGUCACCGCUGCCAGGGUGCUUUUGAAGGCCCGGUUGGCAGGCAAGCCGACGCCGGAAAUCCUCCCGCCCACACACGUGCGUGCCCGCAAUGAGCGAUUGAUUUGUGUGUACUACGACGUCUUGUACGUGAGCGUGUCAGAGCUCACGAGACUCUGCAACGGGCUAGGGCCGAAGCAGCUGGGCCUUGGAAAGCCAAUGACCUUGACGCUCGAGGACAACAGCACCUUGAAAGGGUAUGUCCUCAGUUUGGAAGGUGUUGACCCGGCA